GCUGUAACCACCAUGACGCCCACAAACGCCUCCCCUCCAACGAAUUUAACACGGGCUUCAUCUGUGCACGAUAUCAAUGCAGAUGAUCCACCGUUUGGAUCUAGAUUCCUCACCGACGAGUCCCUAGUCUUCACACAAAACGCAUGGGACCACGUUCCUCCUCCAACAGAUCAAGAUGAAACCAUCGCUACAUCUUUAGCCAAACAGCGUCUCUCACCGGUACCCACACAGGAUAGAGCCAAGUACAACGAGAAACCAGCUAGACAUUGGGACAAUUUCUACAAAAACAACACGAGUAAUUUUUUCAAAGAUAGGAAAUGGUUGCAUAACGAGUUCCCCAAGCUAGUCGAGUCUACAAAGGCUGAGGCAGGUCCGAUGAAAAUAGCAGAGAUAGGAUGUGGAGCAGGCAACUCGGUUUUUCCUCUCCUUGCUGGGAAUCAAAACCCUCAACUCGAGUUGUACGCGUACGAUUACUCAAAUCAUGCUGUCAAGCUUGUACAAAACAAUCCACUAUAUACAUCUCCGCCCGUUGGAAAGAUUCAUGCAGCUGUAUGGGAUCUGUCAUCACCAGAUGCUCUACCGCCUGGCGUGGAGGAGGGAUCGGUUGACAUCGUAGUGCUGGUUUUCGUGCUGAGUGCAUUGCAUCCUGAUGAGUGGGAGCGUGCAGUCUCAAAUGUGCAUAAGAUCCUCAAACCAGGUGGCCUAGUCUUAUUAAGGGACUAUGGUCGAUACGAUCUCACACAGCUGAGAUUCAAGGCGGGAAGAUUGUUGGACGACGAGUUUGGCAAUUUUUACAUCCGGGGAGAUAAGACGAGGGUGUACUUUUUCGAAUUGGGUGUGCGAUCUUGCUUCAUACUUUCUCCAAACGAAUGUUCCAUUCACCUCGCCACAGAUGAGCUGGCUGUUAUCUUCACGGGCGCAGGACCCUCUCCUAGCUCCGCGACGAUCAAAACAACGACCACAGAGAUGGAAGAUGAGGGGCUAGAAUCAAAGUCCGGUUCACCAAUACCGAUACUACUUCAGCCUACAAUCGUAGAUGACGAAAUUCCAGCGCCGCGGGUUGGAACACCCCUCCUGACUAACGACCCACAAAUUCAUCCACGUCUUUUCGAACCAUCUUCGCUCCACCAUCCCCUUUUUCAAAUCGAACAGCUGGGUAUUGACCGUCGCCUGAUCGUGAACCGGAAGCGUCAACUGAAGAUGUACCGAAUUUGGAUGCAAGGCGUUUUUCAGAAAGUCGGUCGAACAGGCGCGGGGGAGACGUUGUGAGCGAUUGGUGGAUGAGGUUUUCCAGGGGCCUUCGCAUCACGAAUCGCCAAAUUAUGAUACAGGGGUCUAUAGUAGCACACUUGAUACCUUGUAUCACUGCUCAUGAAUGAUUCCGGACACUGAACGACAACAAAGCGUAUGAAAUGUGCUACAUAACGCGAUAACUGGCACAACAGCGGAAGUUUUCCCAAAAAAUCAAGAUGACCAGACAACUUUGGCAGGCGGACACAAUUUCCUCAUUUUCGAACUGGGUAUUCAUCAUCGCCUGAUGUACCGAGUUCGGAUGUGGGGUGUUUUUCAGAAAGUCGGUUGAACAGAUGCAAGGGAGACAUGUACACACUCUGCCAGUGCACAACUCGCU